AUGCAAAGUUUUGCUCACACAAUUACCUUUUAUCCAAAUGCUCAGCGGACAAGUGAAGGGCGGAGCUGUGGCAGAAGAGGUGGCGCGACGGAGCAGAAGGGGCGGCGCGACGGAGUAGGAGAAGAUGGUGCGGCGCGGCGGGCGGAGAAGAGUUUUGGUGAUGAGCUUGUGGCGACGCUGGACCAGCUGCUGCUGCCCUCAUGCGCCGUCGCCGUGGGAGGACCUCAUUGGCGCUGCGAAGGGGGCACAACUCAGGUUGGGUACGCCGUCGGCCAUCGUCGGCGGCGAGCACGCUCCACUGUGACAUGUCCGCCACAGCCAGUCCUCUCCCGCCUCCCCCAACAUUGCAGUCCGUGUCUUGUCCAACGCAAAUCAAUGGAGCUGCCGACCCAGAUUGUUGUUGGCUGCUAUAAGAAGGGAGGGUCCUCGGCUCGAAUCUCCAUCAGGUUAGUUUUGGACGAAGCAUCCAAUGUCGACACCGAGUUCGCCGCAGGAAGAAGCGCCGAUUUCGCCGCAGGAAGAAGCGCCGAUUUCGCCAGAGGUAGAAGAAGCGCCGAGUUCGGCGAAGGUAGAAGAACAGCCGUCGAGCUGUCCAAUGUCGCCUGCGUCGGCUAUAGCAGAAGACCUUAAGAUCAGCGAUGAACAUACGUCGAGCCGUCCAAUAUUUCCUGUGGCACCAACACCAGAG